CUCCACAACUCCACUACAGCAACCAUGUCUCUUUCCAACAAGCUCUCCAUCAACGAUGUCGACCUCAAGGACAAGCGCGUCUUGAUCCGCGUCGACUUCAAUGUCCCUAUGGACGGCGACAAGGUCACCAACCCUCAGCGCAUCGUCGCUGCUCUGCCUACUGUCAAGUACGCUCUUGAGCAGAAGGCCAAGUCGGUCAUCCUCAUGUCCCACCUCGGUCGCCCCGAUGGCAAGCCCGUCUCCAAGUACUCGCUCAAGCCCGUCACCUCCAAGGUCUCCGAGCUUCUCGGCAAGGACGUCACCUUCCUCCCAGACUGCGUUGGCGCUGAGACCGAGAAGGCCGUCAGCGAGGGCAAAGAUGGCCAAGUCUUCCUGCUCGAGAACUUGCGCUUCCACGUCGAGGAGGAGGGCAAGGGUGUCAACGAGAAGGGCGAGAAGGUCAAGGCCGAGAAGAGCGACGUCGACGCCUUCCGUGCCUCGCUCACCAAGCUCGCAGACGUCUACAUCAACGACGCCUUCGGAACCGCUCACCGUGCUCACUCGUCCAUGGUGGGCGUGCAGCUCGACCAGCGCGCCUCUGGCUUCCUCAUGAAGAAGGAGCUCGAGUUCUUCGCCAAGGCCCUCGAGAACCCGGACAGGCCUUUCCUUGCCAUCCUCGGUGGUGCCAAGGUCAGCGACAAGCUGAAGCUCAUCGACAAUGUCCUCGACAAGGUCAACAAGCUCAUCAUCUGCGGAGGCAUGGCCUUCACCUUCAAGAAGACGCUCGAGAAUGUCAAGAUCGGCACUUCCCUCUUUGACGAGGAGGGCUCCAAGAACGUCGCCGCUCUGGUUGAGAAGGCCAAGAGCAAGGGCGUUGAACUCAUCCUGCCCGUCGACUACGUGACUGCAGACAAGUUCGACAAGAAUGCCCAGGUCGGCUCUGCUACGGACGAGGAGGGUAUCCCCGACGACCGUAUGGGCCUCGACGCUGGACCCAAGAGCCGUGAACUCUUCAAAAAGGCCAUUCUCUCGUCGAAACUCAUCCUCUGGAAUGGACCGGCGGGCGUCUUUGAGUUUGAGAACUUUGCCGGGGGCAGCAAGGCGAUGCUGGAUGCCUGUCUCGAGGCAGAGUCUAAGGGCUCCACGGUGGUCAUCGGUGGUGGUGACACAGCCACCGUUGCUGCUAAGUACGAUGCUGACACCAAGGUCGCGCACUGCUCGACGGGUGGAGGUGCAUCCGUUGAGCUUCUUGAGGGCAAGCAGCUGCCCGGUGUUGUUGCGCUCAGCGAGAGGAAGUGACUUCAAGGCGGCUUUGGUACCAAGUUGUAGAAGCGGAGAGGAAGGAGUAUGGAUGUCGUAGAUGCGUGAAAUCUAUUCGUUUGAGAUUCCUUUUGCGGCUACGCGCUUGAACAAAGAGGAGGAGAGGGUCUUAGAGCGCCCAACGAGUGUGGCUCUUGACAAUGUU